AUGAGCAAACGCGAACGAUAUCAACUCGCGUCGAGUUUUGUUGACAUUGAGAAACGACUUUUCCAACUUCCUUUUGGGUCUAGCGGGAGUCUUUACUUCAAGAGAGAUGUUCCUCCAGAGCUUCAGGCGGCAUUAUAUAGUAAUAGCCUCGAAAGCGAUGGAGAGGAUGAACGGCUUUGCAUUGGGCCUACUGCAGAUAAUAUGUUCUGGAAUGGAAAACGAGCUGGCCUCGACCUUUACCGUGGACCAUGGAAGAACCCCAACGAUUAUCUUGCGUCUAUUGCGGAAAAGGAAAUCAAAUUGACUCAGCAUUACGGAAGGCCUGCAGAACUGGACUUCCCACAUAAUGGGUUGUUUCCUGGGGAACAGUCUCCAGUGGAUUACCUCCGUCUACUGAACAAAUAUCUCGCCUUGGCCCCAUACCUACUUCCAAAAGAACCCACCUCUGCCCUGAAUCAACCGACCCUUCGCCAUCCAGAUCUAAAUACAAAUAAUAUCUUCAUUUCCCCCGACUCCGGCGCCAUCUCUUGUCUCAUUGACUGGCAGCACACAACAAUUGAACCACGUCUAUUGGUUGCAGGCUAUCCUCGGGCCUUUGAAAGCCCAGAUAUCGAAAAGUCUCCCAAACUCAAAGAACCGUCGCUUCCAUUGAAUUAUGAAAGUCUGACUGGCCCGGAGAAAGCGGAAGCCACUGAAAUUUACAACCGACGUCUCCUGUCUUACUAUUACCGCAUCCUCAACGACCACCUCAACAAACCACAUCUCGAGGCUCUUCGUGACCCGAUUCUUCUUCCACGUCAACAUCUAGUGGAUAGGGCAGAUACAAAGGGACUAUCCUGCCCGGUACAGUUUGCGGAAGCCGAACUUGAUGGAUUUCAUGAGCAGGAGCAGCUGUGGUUUGACUUGAAUAAAGUCGUGAAUCAUUGGCGUGAGCAAAUCGGUGGUGUGAGCGAGGAUGGCUGGGUCAGCAAUGAACAGUACGAUGACACGAUUCAAAAGACGGCUGAACUCAAGGCCUCCCUUAUUGCUAGCGCGGAAGGUGAUAAAAAUGAUAUUCAUCUAUUGGAGAAAGGAUGGUUAUUCAGAGACCGCGAGGAACUUGCUUAA